CUAGCUGAGUCUUUCGCCAACAGCAACAACAUUCUGUUCAUCGAGACGUCUGCUAAAACGGGACAGAACGUGAACGAGUUGUUUUUAAGGAUAGCUAAGAAGUUGCCCCUCCAGAAGGAGCAGGACAAGUUCUCUGGAAUUCAGAUUAACAACACCGAAGAAACAAAGAAAAAAUGCUGCUAA